CCUAAACUUACCGAGCCUGUGUUAGAUAACUAAUGGACUUUCGUCAGGAUAUAUACGAUAGAUUUCUAUGUUUAUUUUUGAGUAGGUUCUGAUAUUCUAUGUGAUCCAGGCUGCAAACGGUGCAUUGUUUAGAAAUGUCAAAAGUGUGGUGUUUAGUUUUCCUCAUCGGUGUUUCAACAAGGUUGUCAAUCGGAGAUGAGAGAAGAGAAACAAAAGCUGUGUUCAGCCAAUGGAUGACAGAAUACAAUAAAGUUUACAGAGACAAUAACGAACUUCUCGCUAGAUAUGAGACAUUUAAGAAAAACUUGGACCUGGUAGAGCGAUUGAACGUUGAGCACAAUCCAACCGAGUUUGUUAUGAACCAGUUCGGUGACAUGACUCAAUCGGAGUUCAAAAGUAAAAUAUUGAUGCCUCCAAGAUCAGCACCAGUAUUUGAGAAUGAUAGAUACCUAGACGAGUUUGGAUUAAAAGAUACAAAUAUUCCCGAUGCAUUUGAUUGGAGAAUUAAAAAUAUGGUGACAUCAGUAAAGGAUCAAGGUUCUGGAGGUACAUGUUGGGCAUUUAGUACGAUUGGUAACCUGGAAGGACAAUGGGCCAUGCAAGGAAAACCUCUUACCAACCUCUCCGUAGAGCAAGUGGUCGACUGUGACAGCAUGAAGGAUCCUCUACACCACAAUGCUGACUGUGGUGUGUUUGGUGGGUGGCCAUAUCUCGCAUACCAGUACGUCCAACAUGCUGGAGGUAUAGAGACAGAGGAAGACUACCCCUACUGCUGUGGCAUAGGAGGAGGACCGGGUAGCUGUUUUGUGUGCCAGGCUGUUGGCUACAAUAAGACGCUAUGUGGACCCCCUGUACCAUGGUGUAACGUAACAUGUGCUGAUAAAAUAAAUCCUAGCAAGUUUGUUCCUGGUUUGAAAGUAGUUGGCUGGAAUGCAAUACCAAAGAAUGAGAGUGAGAUAGCCAUAGAGUUGGUGAAGACUGGUCCCCUCUCAGUGGCUCUACAUGCUGAACUAUUGCAGUUCUAUCACAAAGGGGUUUUUGAUCCACCAAAGGAACUCUGUGACCCAAAGAACUUGGAUCAUGCUGUACUACUGGUUGGCUAUGGCACGGAGAAGACUAUCUUUGGUGAGAAACCUUACUGGAUUGUGAAGAAUUCAUGGGGCAUAAAAUGGGGACAACAGGGCUAUUUCUGGAUUAGACGGGGCAAGGGCGUAUGUGGGAUCAAUACCAGUGUCACCACUGCGAGACUCCAACAAUAGCAUUAUGUGGAAAAGUUUGGGACAAUUUAUGAGGUGCCAGGGAAUGGGAUACCCAAUGGACAGAGGCAGUACAUGUACACAGACACAUUUAUCUUUCUAUGGAUGUUGGGUACGACCUUGGAAAGGCUAAUCAACAUCGGAUAUGUCUUACAAUCUUCUUAUUAAGUCGUUCUUGAUUUUCUUCAUGGGGCAUUAAA